AUGGACUUUGAAGAAUUACUACAAGGUGAAAUCAACAAGAAAAAGAAGGUGAUUGAGGAGUCCCAAAAGGGAAGAGAGUAUGUGAAGGCAGUUGAUAUUGAAAAAGAAGAACUUAGAGAACAGCAACAGAUUGAUGAAUUAAAAUUGGAGGAAGAGCAAAAGUUGCACAAGGGCUCAAAACAGCACAGGUUUGAGAAGGGAAACAAAGAAAGUGAUGAGUCUAAUUUUGUGUCAUAUUAUGGAGUAACAAAAGCAAAAGAGAAGAAUGAACAAUUAUUGAAUGCAGAGAUUGGAUUAAGGAAACUGAAAGAACCAGUAAGGAGAUACGGAGAAUCGGAUAAGGAUGUGAUAACACGGUAUAAGAAGUUUAAAUAUGGGACUGCGGAAAAUGAGGAAAGGAUAGUGGAUGAGAAUGCAACUAAAAGUGAAAGUAAAGGCGAAGAUAAGAGUGAGAAUAAUGAUAAAAGUAAUGAGGAUAAGACUGGGGAAGAAGAUGAGAGUGAGAAAGAUAAUAGUGAAGUGGUUAGAAGUGAAAAUGUGGAUAAAGACAGAAACGAUAUUGAAAAUAUGGAUAAAGACAGAAACGAUAAUGAUAAUGAUCAUAAAGGCAUAUGCGAGAAUGAGAGCAAAACUGAGGAUACCGAGGAAAAUAAGAGUGAAGAAAAGCGCAAUUAUGAAGUUGAAGAGGAUGAUCAGAAGGAGGAUAAUAAUAGCACAGAUAAACAUACUAAUUCUCCUGUUGAAAAGCAUACAGAGCUUAAUGUGGACAAGAAUAAAGAAUCGAUAAAAUCUACAGGGCAUACAAAGGAUACUGAUAUGAUAACAUCAACGAAACCCGAAGAAUCAGACGCUGUGAUCAAAAUUGAAAAAAAUGAUAUCUCGAAGAAUUUACACAAGGCUGCGAUGGUAUGCCGAGAAUAUAUUAAAAGUGUACUUAGACAAUGGGAGGAAAGUAAUAAAGCUAUAGGAAAUAAGGACCAGCAAAAAAAGCAGGAUGCACUUCUUUUGGAGACAAAAAGAUGGUUGGUUCCACUACUAGUAAAGAUCAAGCGAGAUGAACUCGACCAAGACCUUGCGAUCACACUUUCCACAACAUUGUAUAAUCUCCAGAAUGGAAAGUACAUUGAAGCAGAAAGCAACUAUAUGGAGUUGAGUGUGGGAAAUGUGGCCUGGCCAAUUGGUGUGGCUUCAGUGAGUAUUCACAGUAGAGCCGCUCAGGCAAGAAUAAAUGGUGAAAGUGGAGGAAUCAGUAAUAUCAUGAAGGACGAAAAGAUGAGGCGUUGGAUUCUUGCUGUCAAAAGGGUCAUGAGUUUUGUUCAAAGAAGCGAGAAACUUCCACUGUAUGAGAAAUGA